AUGGCCUCGGGCUUUGGAGCAGAAAUGCGGAACCUGCAGGGCGCGGGGGAAUCCUCCCCCGAUUUUUCGCCCGAUUUCAGGCGCCGGAGAGGCUAUCGCCGGUGGCGUGGGUAUAGCCCUUAUGUAAAGAUAAUUGAACAGCCCAGGCAGAGGGGCAUGCGAUUCCGGUACAAGUGUGAAGGGCGGUCGGCAGGCAGCAUUCCAGGGGAACACAGCACUGACAGUAACCGGACAUACCCAUCCAUCCAGAUUAUGAACUAUUACGGAAAAGGAAAAGUGAGGAUUACGUUAAUAACAAAGAAUGACCCCUACAAACCUCAUCCUCAUGAUCUGGUUGGAAAAGACUGCAGGGAUGGAUACUACGAAGCGGAGUUCGGACAAGAGCACCGGCCUCUGUUCUUUCAAAAUUUGGGUAUUCGAUGUGUGAAGAAAAAAGAAGUCAAAGAAGCUGUUAUUUCACGAAUCAGAGCAGGGAUCAAUCCCUUCAAUGUCCCUGAGCAGCAGCUCCUUGAUAUUGAAGAUUGUGACCUCAAUGUGGUGAGGCUGUGUUUUCAAGUCUUCCUGCCAGACGAGCACGGUAACCUGACGGCAGCACUGCCUCCUGUCUUCUCAAACCCCAUCUACGACAACCGUGCUCCGAAUACCGCAGAGUUAAGAAUCUGCCGUGUGAACAAGAACUGUGGGAGUGUCCGAGGAGGAGAUGAGAUAUUUCUGCUCUGCGAUAAAGUUCAGAAAGAUGACAUUGAAGUUCGUUUUGCGUUGAAUGACUGGGAAGCAAAAGGUAUCUUUUCACAAGCUGAUGUGCACCGGCAAGUGGCUAUUGUCUUUAAGACGCCACCAUACGGCAGAACGAUAACAGAACCAGUAACAGUGAAAAUGCAGCUCCGAAGACCUUCCGACCAGGAAGUUAGUGAAUCUAUGGAUUUUCGGUACCUGCCCGAUGAGAAAGAUACUUAUGGCAAUAAAGCAAAGAAACAGAAAACAACUCUGCUUUUCCAGAAGCUCUGGCAGGAUUGUGCAGUUAAUUUUCCUGAAGGACCAAGGUCAGGUCCACUCGGAUCAACUUCAGAGGGACGAUUCAUCAAAAAAGAGCCAAACUUGUUUUCUCCUAGUGCCGUCACGGCUGAGACGCCCCGGCCCCCCAGCCAGGCGGAAUCCUACUAUUCCCUGUCAGUGCCCAUCUCCAGGGCGCUGCCCGCUCACAGCACGCCCAUGCCCUCCAUGAUGCACCUCCUCUCUUCAAGUUCGUCUUCAGUUGCUCAUCCCAGCUCAGUCAAUACAAAUCCAACAAAUAGUUUUUCAACAGGAACACUGUCCUCUAAUUCACAAAAUAUCUUACCGUUCCUGGGAAUGCCUCUCGCAGAUGAUUCAGAUGCUUCUAGCGUUUGCCCUUAUAACAUGUCGAAUGAUAUCGGCAGGCAGGAGGCCUCGUCCAUGUCGUCGACUGACCUGUACGGCAUUCCCAACCCAGACGUGCUGUCCAGCUGCUCUGUGGAUUUAACAUCCUGUAGUGAGAGCAUGUCUGCCGCUGACAACUCCAGACUCAUGAGCUUGACUCUUGACAGCCGCUCCUGUAAUUCGGUUCUGGACUCGAGACCGCGCCAUCACGUGUCCUCUGCCACCUUGUCAGCGGGCACCGGUUCAAACCCUGCGGCUUUUGUUCCACAGCCAGAUGCAUUUGAAGGGCCCAGCUUCAGCUGUGCGGAGAACAACAUGCUGAGUGAACUGGGACCAGCCAACAGUGCCGGUCUGAGCAGCCACAGCUUUAUUCAAAGUAGUCACUAUGAGCUCGGUGACUCGUUGGCAUAUGAUUUUUUUCCAGUAGAAGUUGCAGGUUUUAAAUAG